UCCCGUCUAUAUAAGUUGUAUUAAAUUGAGACUUUUGAUGGAAGUAGGUACACCGUACAUUAGUAUUGAUGCAAUCCGAUUUAACUUCAUGGAAACGACAUCAUGGUCGUCGUCUGGACUUUGAUCCAACGUUUUCAUGUGUUUAUGAAUGUCAAAAUAACAGUAUAAAUAAUCUGAGAGAAUGGUGACGCCGAGGGGUCCGAAUUGGAGUCGGUGGAGCCAUUCAAAAACCGUAGCUUUGAUCUGGUUCACCUCCUUCUUCCUUUUCUACUCUCUCUUCCAAAUGGCCCUCCACAACUCCGCUCCUUAUCAACCCCCAACCUCUCCUCCUCCUCCUCCUCCUCCUCCUUCAGAGCAAAGGUCGAAAUUGUACGAUAAGAUGGAGAGGGAUUUGGAUGAGAAGGGGGCGGCUUUUCUUAAACAUGGUGAAACAUCUCAGUCCUUGUCACUUUCGGAUAUUUUCACUUUGAAGGAUGGAUCGGUAACACCUGUACUUAAAGCAGCAAACCCUCCCGUUCGGGCCACUGUUUUGUAUCUGAGCACAAAAUACUCGUUGCCCAUCUCGGAGGCUGUAAAGCAUAUAUUUAGUUCAUACUUUGACAAAGCAAUCUGGUUUCAGAAUUCCAGUUUGUACCACUUUAGCAUGUUCCAUGCCUCACAUCAUAUUGCACCUGUUCCUGCUACUGAAGAUGAGAUAGAAGUGGAAGCAAGGGCUGUUCACACUGUUGCAGAUGCUCUCUGCCCUUUAAAAAUUGUUUUAGAUAGGGUGGUUUUAACUUCAACUGGUGUGCUUUUGGGGUGCUGGCAGGUAAUCUCUGGGACCGAUCCCUUAACCAUUCGUGCCAAUUUGAGGACUGCACUUCCACACGCGCCACAAAAGCAACUUUAUGAUGCUGCUAUUCUUCACACAUCAUUUGCAAGGCUUCUAGGACACCCUAAAGCAUCACCAAUGGAGCUGCAUAAAACUUCAGAUGAAGUCCAAUUCUUCCAUAAGCUAGUUGCUCGACUAAACGAUCAAAUCCGAGGAUUUGAGGCAGAAGUAUCCGAGCUCUGGUAUGUAGAGGAAUAUGAUUUGCUGGCUCUUGCACUGGAUGGAAGAAUGAAAGUUCGCAGGUCUCAACUUGGCUGCUCAAGAACCCAAGAUUCUGAAGAUCAGAAACAUAAUUAACAAAAUAUUUUAUAGGUUAAUUGGAUACUUCAUUUUGGACGUGUCUAUGCUAUGUAGAUAUACAGACUUUAUCCUAUGCCUAUCUUUAUCAA